AUGGCUGCCACAUCUAUCAAACGGCUCAAGAUGGAGCCGCAGACUCCCGUCGAUGGCACCGAGACAUUGGGGCUCUUUGAGAACUUAGAAGAACUUCACAUUGUUUGCCCAAAUGAGCCCAGCUUGGGCCUUUGCGCCUUCCAUUGGAUGUUCUACCAUGGCCCCUUGGACCAAAGGAAUGUCAUAUUGAUCGACAAAGUCCAUGAUCAAAUGACCACCUUGUUUGACUGGAUUAGGGAAGCUGAAGAGCGCUUCGAGCCGCACCGAGAGGAGUUGUUGGCUGUAAUCCAGGACGGUGACAGCGAAUUCACUUCUGAGGAAGAAGAGGACGGCAACUACCCAUGGCUACCCAUUAUGUAUGCUCUCAAGGGGUAUCUCGGGGGACAAAACGGGGGAGGAGAAAGCCACAAUGCUGAGGGAGCUUGA